AUGUGGCUGUUUCUGGUGAUGUCAUGCUUAAUUCAGCAGACUGAACAUUCAGAAGGAUCUAUAAGUGGAAGACAUUUGAAUCCUCAAGAAUUCAUGACGAUUCCUCAAGUCAUCCAGUACUGGGGAUAUCCCAGUGAAGAGUAUGAAGUCCUGACUGAUGAUGGCUAUUAUCUUAAGUUAAACAGAAUUCCUUCUAGAAGACAUUUUCCUCAUGUGACAGGGCCUAAGCCAGCUGUAUUAUUGGUACAUGGUUUGCUAUUUGAAGGGAGAUGUUGGAUUGCAAAUCUUCCCAGCAAUAGCCUGGGAUUUUUUCUAGCAGAUGCUGGCUAUGAUGUCUGGAUAAUAAAUAUCAGAGGGACCUCUUGGUCUAGAAGACACCAGAAGUUUUCAAUUGACCAGCAAGAAUUCUGGGAAUUCAGUUUUCAUGAAAUGGCCAUAUACGAUCUCCCAGCAACUAUAGCCUUCAUUCUGCAGAAAACAAAGCAAAACAGAUUAUAUUACUUUGGCCAUGCCCAGGGCGGAACAAUAGGAUUUAUUGCCUUUUCGCUCCUGCCCCAGCUUGCUCAAAAAGUGAAGCUUUUUCUGUGUUUUACUCCCACUUACACAUUGAUGGGUAUUAGAGGGCUUCCCAGAGUACUGGGGAAAGUUCCCAAUGGACUCAGAAAACUUUUAUGGGGUAAGAAGGAAUAUUGUCUUUUAGGUAACAAAUUAAAAGCCUUCAUGGCCUAUGCCUGCAGCCAUGCCAUCUUCGAUAAGCUUUGCCUUCAAGGUAUUUUCUUUAUGGGAGGACAUAAUAAAAAAAACCUAAAUGUAAGUCGAGCAGAUGUUUAUGUUGGAAUUUUUCCAGAUUUUACCUCUGUUAAAACAUUAUCUCACUGGGGACAGAUUAUUUAUUCCAAGGAAUUUAAAUAUUUUGAUCAUGGGAAUAAGAACAAAGACAUAUAUAACAGGACAACACCUCCGUUUUAUAAAAUUGAAGACGUUACAAUACCAGUAGCUGUGUGGAGUGGAGGAAUGGACAUUGUUGCAACCAAAAAAGAUGUUGAAUUACUGAUUUCUCGAAUCACUCAUUUGGUUUUCUAUAAGAAUAUUCCUGAAUGGCAACAUAUGGAUCCUAUCUUGGGCCUAGAUAUUCCACAACAGCUAUAUAAUGAUAUAUUUAAGCUAAUGCAGAAGUACAAGGUUUAA